UCCUGACCUGAUCAUCCAACUUGUCAUCAUUGGGGUACAUCAUCCAACAUUCCCUCACUUUAAACUUUUCCUUCAUUCUAACCCUGAGGAAAAAGCAACCUUCAGGAGUUAAAUAGCGCGAGGAUUAGAGUAGGCUAGAAUGAGGAGCGAUGUCCUGAGAUUACUCAUUGAGUCAAGCUAUCUAAAAAAAGCCCAGCACUGAGAAAGUGUUUAUCCGAGAGUAAGCAGAGACUCGACCAUAACGCGUGCUGUGAGCACAAUGACUCCACUGUAUCGGACACUCCUGCUCUUCACAGUCAGUAUGGCUUCCCUACAGCCACAGAGGUCUUUGCGGAGUAAAAGGGGUUUGCUGGAACUUGCUGGAGUUAUCAAGUGCAGCACUGGAAGAUCAGCUUUAGCGUAUAUGAUGUACGGAUGUUACUGUGGCCUUGGGGGUCAAGGGUGGCCCAGGGACAGAGCAGACUGGUGCUGUCACAAGCAUGACUGCUGUUAUGGGGAUGCAGAAUUUGCAGGCUGUCAAACAAAGACAGAGCAGUACCACUGGACAUGUGACGAUAAGAAGGCUGACUGUGACUCCUUUAAUGACAGAUGUGCGAAAAUCCUUUGCCGAUGUGACAGGAAAGCAGCCAGAUGCCUGAGAAAAGCACCAUUCAACAGAAAAUACGCUCUGUGGCCAGAUUUCCUCUGUGGAUGCGUACAUCCAACCUGCAAUAUUUACUAAUUUCAGUAAAGUAUAUUUGGUAAUUAGAUCUUUUAAGAUGAUGACAAUUAUGUGUCGAUUGUGUUUUGUCGAUAUUUUUACAAUGAUUUCCAUUUUCUAAUUAUAUGUCAUUUGUUUUUCACUUUUGCAUAACUGAGUGAAAUAAGUGAAUGCAUUACAAUAUGUACAAAAUAUUAUUAAUUAUAAGCCUCAUCCUAUAUGGCUAAAUAACAUUCUUGUCAUUAAACGGAAGCUUCCAGGGUGUUUUCCGAAUGCCACUUCACCACCUUGGUCUGUAGGGGAGGCUGGGGCUAGUUGUGACACUUUUUACCCCAGUGGAUAUUUUUAAAGUUAGAUUAAGUCCAUUUCUGUAGACACAUGCCUUAAAGUGUUGACUACAAAAAAAAAAAAAAAAAAAAGCUAUUGAAUAUGUUCACUGUUAUUGCCCAGGAAGAAAGAUAUAAUUAAGGUUGUACACAUGUUGACCUUUUGUUACUAUAUGGUAAGUUACAGUAUACUGUAUACAUGCUGUACAUUGAAAUGUAUUUGUAACAAUUGACGCACUGUUGAUGUCUCCUCAUCAGCUGCUAAGUUUUCCUUUUUAUACCUUCCUGAGCAUUGUUAAACCAUCAAAAAAAAAAAAAAGAGGACAUCACAGUGAUAUGCAAGACAAUUGAGAGAAAACAGAAAUGCAAUUAAGAGACAUUCAAUGGGGGUAGAUGCAUAGUAACAUUUCUAUUGAGUAAUAGAUCUUAAACUGUACUUCAGGAAGCUCGGAUAUCUAUUAAUUGCAUUACAUUUCUGUUCAUAAGCUGUUCAUUAGCUGCAAAUUGAGAACAAACAUGACACAAUUAAGUGUUCAAACAUAAAGGUUCAAAUUAUAUGUACUAGCAAAAUGUAGGGUCUGUGACCAAAUGGUUGUGCGUAUUAGAUGUGCAAGGACAUCUGUUUCACAGACAAACCCAUCCUGUGCAUGCAUGUGAAUUGUCUUUAACAGUCCUCAGUAAGCAUAUAAAAGAGUAUCUUGCGUGAGACAGACAUCAACAUAUGGCAAUGAAAAUCAUACUUGAAACACCUUGUUAAGUUGUAGGACAUUGCCUCCAUUGUGAUCAGCACUACUAAAAACUGACAACAAACUAAACUGACAACUAAACUGGUGUCCUGUAAAUAGGGGAGACCAGGGCAAGUUGUCACACUGGGAAAUUGUCACAAAGGCUAUAUCUUUGUAAAGAUAAAUUUAGAGUCAAAAGUCUUAAUUGCACGAAUGUGUGUUUUCUCUAGGAGAGGUUUCAAACAACAAGUUUAAAAUCCUCUAAAUUAGAAUACAUUUUGUGAAUUCUAUCCUACAAAGUAAAUUUUCACCAUCAUCAAAUUGUUGUUGUAACUCUUGGAUGAACAAGCAAACAUAAUCAAACCACCAUGGCAUACAUUUAGGCAAGGGUCAACUAUAUUAUGUAAGCAGAUUUUUACAGAAAUGUUGAAAUGUGUUCUUAGAACAAAGGUAUUUCUUACUGCAAGUCAGGUUGGGGCAUGUUGUUACAUGUGUAUUAAAGGUUAUAAAUGUAUACAAUUUAUCAAUUACAAUAUUUGUUGGACGAAACAAUGGUUUGAUUUUUUUAUUUUUUUUUUACCAUACCUUUUCCAUUUGUGUUGUUUUAUGAAUCUUCAUAAUUGUUUUUAAAAUGUUGCUGUUUACAGUAAUCAGGUGUAUAUUUUAAGAGAGGAGUUGAUUUUGUUUUGGUGCUGUUGGAUGGAUUACGUCUCACCCCUGAUAUUGACAUGAAACCUACGCCACUGGUAUAAUAGCAGGUUCCACUGUAACAACUUGCCCCAUAUAGUGUUACAUCAAGCCCUGCUAUAAGGGCAAGUUGUCAAAAAAGGUCAAUGUGUGCUCAAUUAACUGUAUUUUAUUUCCUGGCCAAUAAUGGUGGAAAUGUCCAACUGCUUUUUUGAGCAGACUUUAAGGAAUUUGCCUAUAGUGAAAUAGAAUUUUCUGAAAAAUUUACCUAACAAAAUAAAUAAAAGUGUGACAACUAGCCCCGGAUUCACCUACUGUAUUUUCUGAAGAGGCAAAUAAGCAAGUAAAUUAAAAUGUGGAGACAGUGACAGGUACUGUAUAAAUGCCUGAACAAAAUGUGAUCACUUUUGGGUUUAAAGGGAUAAUUCACCCAACAAUUAAAAUUCUCUCAUCAU